CCCCCUCACACACACCCCCCCCUUCCUCACUCCUCCGCCUCCUCCUCCUCCCUCCGCCCCCUCACGCCGCCCAGCGCGCUCCUCUCGCUCGCUCUCCCCUCACACACACACACACACACACACACACAAAACACACGCCGCCCGGAGCCAUGCCGAAGAGAAAGGCUGAAGGAGAUACCAAGGGCGAUAAGGCCAAAGUUAAGGAUGAGCCACAACGGAGAUCGGCGAGGUUAUCUGCUAAACCCGCCCCUCCGAAGCCAGAGCCUAAACCUAAAAAGGCAGCUCCAAAGAAGAGCGAGAAGUUGCCCAAGGGAAAGAAGGGGAAAGCUGAUGCUGGCAAGGAGGGAAACAACCCUGCAGAAAACGGAGAUGCCAAAACAGACCAGGCACAGAAAGCCGAAGGUGCUGGUGAUGCCAAGUAAAAUGUGUGAAUUUUUGAUAACUGUGUACUUCUGGUGACUGUACAGUUUGAAAUACUAUUUUUUAUCAAGUUUUAUAACAAUGCAGAAUUUUGUUUUACUUUUUUUUAAGCUAUGUUGUUAGCACACAGACCGCUUCGUUGUUGUGUUUUGAGGGGGGGGGCAGUGGGGACAAAUGUCACUUAGUCUAUUUCUUGGAACCUAAAUUUUAAAAGUAAAAGUUUACCCCCUCCCCAGUUUUUGGAAGAAGGGCUCUUCCUGAAUAAAGGGGGAAGGGUUUCCUUAAUGCUGCACGUCUGUUUCGUGAAGUGCAUCAGAGUGAACGUUGAAGCUCCCAAGACGCCUGUUGCCAACUUCCAACUGCAGUUUGUAUUGCCCUCUGUGUUCCCUUUCGUGUCCUCAGUUUUUGCCUAGAGCCUAUCACUCCGAAAUACAGCAAAAACGGCAUUUUGGGACUUGCCACUCUAAAUGCAUUGUCAGGUGAUCCCGGACUUGUGGUGUCUAAUUUGGGACAUAAUAGCUCUAAAAGGAGCUGCAUUUCCUCUUUUAUAUUGUGGAUCUUCAGAUUAAGAAAUCUGCAGUUUUAAUUUUUCUCAAAGUCAGGGUAGAUUUGUGAAGAGUUGUUAAACAACAUGCUAAAUGUGAAAGUGUCCACCCUCACUCUAAACUUUUCCCUCUACAAGUAUGAAAUGAAGAUUCUUCGGUUUUAUAGCAACUUUUACGUUUGGGUAGUCCAUGAAGGGAGGGGAGUUUGACAGUUGUUGUAAAAUGUUGCAGAUUGUAGCCCAUGUCCUGCCUAAAUUACCAUGAUUGUUUAUGAAAAGUACCUUUAAUAAAGCUGGAUACGGUUUGGCUUGGACUGUU